AUGCACUCUCAACAUUGUCUACCAUCAAGAAAUAUCAAAUAAAAAAGGCUCAUUAAUUUGUUUCAAUCUUCCAUCAGUGUUCUUCAGGUAUUGUAUAUGGCCUUUUAGACAAAGAAAUAAAAUGGCAUUAGAGACAAUAAUAUAUCCACAUAGCCAAAUUGGUAACUUUGGAUAUGAUUAUAUGUUACAAGAAGAUAACAUUUUUGGUGGUUUUUUGGAGACCACCACUAAUAUUAUUAAUCAUCAAGAAUCAGAAGGUGGUUUGCAUGCAUAUUGGGCGGAUUACUCUUCACCUUCUUCAUUGAUGCAUCCUAAAUCUUCACCGGAAGAUUGUACCGGCGGUGAGUGUGACAUGAAGGUUGAAUCACCUACUGCCACCGUUCCAACGACGGCUGUUGGUCGGAGAAAGCGGAGGAGAACAAAGAGUGGUAAGAACAAAGAGGAGUUGGAGAAUCAAAGGAUGACUCAUAUCACGGUGGAGCGCAACCGCCGGAAACAGAUGAAUGAAUACCUUGCCGUUAUCCGGUCACUCAUUCCAUCUUCUUAUGUUCAAAGGGGUGAUCAAGCAUCCAUAGUUGGAGGAGCUAUAAAUUUUGUGAAGGAAUUAGAACAACAACUACAAACCCUAGAGGUACAAAAAAGAGCCAACAUCAAUGGAUACUCUCCCCCACCACCACAGCCCUUUGGUGAUUUCUUUACAUUCCCACAAUACUCAAUUAUUCAACCAGCUAGCAGUGGUGAUGGUACUGGUGGUGGUGGUCCAGCCACCAUGGCCAAGAACCGGCUACCGGCUAUGGCCGAGAUCGAAGUGACAUUGGUGGAGAGCCAAGCAAACCUUAAGAUACUAUCAAAGAAACGGCAUAGGCAGCUAUUGAAACUAGUGGCUGGUCUAAAGUGUUCAUGGCUCACUAUUCUUCAUCUUAAUGUCACCACAGCUGAGGAAAUGGUUCUCUACACUCUUAGUGUCAAGCUUGAGGAUGGAUGCCAACUGAAUACAGUAGAUGACAUUGCAGAUGCUAUAAAUUGCUUGCUGCGCAGAAUUGAAGAAGAAUCACUGUGUUCUAACUAAUUAAGUUCAUUUAAAUUUGUUUUAAUAGUAUUUUUCUUAUUUAACUGUAAUCUCUCAAGGUUAUCAUUCAGUAGAGUAUAUUUUUCAUCUGUC